CAUGAGCCCCCUCCCCCGCCGCAGCCCUCUGCGUUCCUACUCCACGAACCUCCAGAUCAAAAGGACUGCUGUCUCGUUAUCUUGUACGGUACCGGUUCAGCUUCAUUUGGCACCAGACGUCUUUCUCGUAUCCUUGCUUGUAAUAGCUGUCUUCUCGCGGUAUUUGAAAGCCGGCAAUAUCGACAGGUCAUCACCGGCAUCAUGACCAACUUCGCUGGAGGAGACAGUCCGCUCUCGGUCACUGGGAGCAUCGUUGGUAUUGUUGCUCUCUUGAUCAGCGUUUCGACUAUUGUUCAGGCAAUCUUCAUCUUUUCUACGGCAUAUCGGGACGCCCCCGCCGAGCUCUCUCGGAUUACAUCAUCAGUCUCUAACACUGUUGAUGAGAACUCUCACCGGCUGCGCACUGGCCAUGUUCCCGGACCCAUUGGCGUUGAGAUCGGGAAGGGGGGCUAUUCUAAAGGUAGAUGGACCGCCAUGCUGGAAGAGUACUACGAUGCCCACCUGGAGCUAGAUGACGAACUCUCCAAGAUCAAACGACAAGGCGAGCGGACUAGCUCAUUCUUCAAUUGGAACCGCAUCUUCUGGGUCUUUAAGCGCAAGGACCUGGAAGAAUCGGUCAAACGUGUUGAAACCUUGCGGAUGAGAAAAAUGGCAGUAGCUCUCAAUGCGCUAGUAGACGAUGUGAGCCAUCUGAAAGAUAUUCUGGAGCGCAUUGAGUCCCGAAUUCCACAAGGUCCGCUUCGAUUACCUCCUGCGCGGCAACCUGACGAGGACCACGACCUUGCACGGCCUCUAAGAAUGUACUCUUCUUCUGUACUCGGAGAGUCGGCAACAGAUAUCGUUAGAACUUCUAUGGAUUCUCGAUGAUUCUCAGUUCUUCGACUCAUUAUGGCUAACUUGCAGCCACCCACUCUGCCUUCGACUCGACAAG